AUGUUUGCCUUGUUCACUAUUGCAAACGCUGCAGAUUAUAAUGAGACCUUGGCGAGGGUCAUGUUAACGCUUGCUGCAGCUGCUUACGGAGACGAUCCUUCGCAGUGUCUGCGGAACCGCUUCGGAAAUGCGGAGGUAAGUUGACAAGGCGUAAGUUGACGUUUGAAGUCAACGGCGCUGCGUUCAAUAUCUAUAGAUGAUAGAAGAAAAUUUAAGAGGUCAAAAAUUCACAGACUCGAAAAAUAAGUUACCAUUGAUACUUUAGUUAAUCGACCGUCAUGAAGUUCUCUGCGACGUCUCAAACAACAACACUUGUGUUGCUUACAUUGCUGUUGUUCAUGCCGGAGAAGCAAUCGCCCUUGUGUUCAGGUAUGAUCUAUUUUUCACCCGGGUUUUACGUUCAAUGGAGGACGAUCUGUCCAUCACACAGCUUGUUGCUUUCAAAACCUUACAACACUUCAAUUUCAGAGGCUCCGUUGGCGAUAGCCAGCUUGUCCUGCAAGCAAUUGCAGCGGUGACUGUUCAAGUUGAAUUUCAAAACCCAUUGACGACUGUCAACCAGUACUACGAUCAUGCGUUUCAGAUUCUUAUAAAGUCCGGGAUUGUCGACCAGGUCGCGCAGCUGCACGCACAAUAUCCAGGAUAUAGAUUGUGGAUCACUGGGCAUUCCCUCGGAGCUGGGCUAGCGUCUCUGGGAGCGUUGGCUUUUAGUUUGAAUGGAACUUGGAGUGAGAGUAACCUGGAGAGCUACACUUUUGGGUGAGAUGGUCUAAAAGUUCCGAAUAGGGAAAGGCCCAAUGUUUAAGCCAGGAGAGAAGGUUUCUUCUUUAGAACUCCCAAAUUUUUAGGCAAAUGCAAUUUUUUCCGAUCGAAAGUGAAUGACAAAAUCUAUAUAUUCAAGGCUCCAAUGUGGGCACAUUUAAAAAAAAAGAAUUUGCCUUGCAUCUUGUGUUCCUUUCCUUGCCUUCUUACAGAAAACCCCGCAUUGGAAAUCCACUCUACGCUGCUCUCCAUACAAACGUCGUUCCUCAACAUUACCGCGUUGUCCAUGCUCACGAUACUAUCAGCAAUAUCUACCCCCAGAUCUUCGGGUAUCUCCAUGAACAGCAUUGGAUUUGGUAUGACAAUGACAUGAGUCCCGGUAGCACUUACAUUGCUUGCAUUGACGAAUUCGACCUCCGCUGUGCCGGGUACCAACUUUUGGACAGUGAUCUAUGGGAUGCUCAUAGACAUUACUUCAAUGUGCAAGUUAGUGAUUACGGUAUCGCCGGAUGUCCUAUGGCUAUAUUCUGA